UGGACCAGUUGUGUUGACAAACUAUAAUGACAAACAUUUCAUCAUUGGGGUGGAGGCAGAGUUGAAAGCGUACUGAGACAACUAUUAUUUAUAUUAUUAUUUGUUACCGGAACGUAUUAAGGAAGAGCCGAAGUAAACGUUAUUAUUAUUUUGUGAUUAUUUGCUACAUAUGCGAAUAUGGGCAGCUGCUUGACGGUUGGACCAAACGAAGCCCUUGUUGUGUCAGGUGGCUGUAGUGGCUCGGACCAGAAGACGUACGUGGUGGGCGGCUGGGCCUGGGCGUGGUGCUUCCUGUCCGACACUAAAAGAAUUACACUUGAGAUUAUGACUUUACAACCUAAAUGUGAAAGUGUGGAAACGGCAGAGGGAGUAGCCAUCACGGUCACGGGUGUGGCUCAGGUGAAGGUUAUGACUGACCAGGACCUGUUGGCUAUCGCUUGUGAGCAGUUCUUGGGGAAAUCUGUUAUGGAAAUCAAGGCUGUGGUAUUACAGACGCUGGAAGGGCAUUUACGCUCAAUUUUAGGCACACUAACAGUAGAGCAGAUCUAUCAGGACAGAGACCAGUUCGCCCAGCUGGUGCGUGAAGUGGCUGCCCCGGACGUUGGUCGUAUGGGCAUCGAGAUCCUCAGUUUUACUAUCAAAGACGUGUACGACAGGCUGGACUACUUGAGCUCGCUGGGAAAGACGCAGACAGCUGCUGUCCAGAGGGACGCAGACAUCGGUGUGGCUGAGGCAGAAAGGGAUGCUGGGAUAAAAGAAGCAGAGUGCAAGAAAGAAAUGAUGGAUGUUAAGUUCUUGGCUGACACCAAAAUGGCCGACUCCAAGCGGGAGCUGGAGCUGCAGAAGGCUGCCUUCAACCAGGAAGUGAACACUAAGAAGGCGGAAGCUCAGCUGGCCUAUGAGCUUCAGGCAGCUAAAGAGCAACAGAAGAUUCGGUUGGAGGAGAUUGAGAUUGAAGUGGUGCAGCGAAAGAAGCAGAUCACCAUCGAGGAGAAGGAGAUCGACCGCACUGAGAAGGAGCUGAUCGCCACGGUGAAGCGGCCCGCCGAGGCAGAGGCCUACAAGAUGCAGCAGCUGGCUGAGGGCCUGAAGUUGAAGAAGGUGUUGACCGCGCAGGCAGAUGCGGAGAAAAUCCGUAAGAUCGGUGAAGCGGAGGCCAACUCCAUCGAGGUGGUGGGCAAAGCGGAGGCAGAGAAGAUGAGGCUGAAGGCAGAAGCCUACCAGCAGUACGGCGAGGCAGCGAAGACCGCACUUGUCCUGGACGCACUGCCCAAGAUUGCUGCUAAGGUGUCCGCGCCUCUGUCCCGGACUAACGAGAUCGUCAUCCUGAGUGGUGACGGCAGCCGCGUGACUGGUGAGGUGAGCCGGCUGCUGGCUGAGCUCCCUGUGUCCGUGAACGCCCUCACCGGCGUGGACCUGUCGAAGAUCCCUCUGCUGCAGAAGAUGACCAGUGCUCACGCAUGAGAUCAGUCACUCCCUUUCCCUAAGAAUGUUAUGCCUUCACUGAGAAUGCCUUUGGAACACUUGAAGUUUAAAAAAAAGUCAAAAUCCAACUUCGUUUUGAAAAGGGGGGGGAUUAUUGAUACCUCUGGUGCCUUAAUGUUUGCAGGACCAGAAUGUGCAUGUAUCGCUGCUCCUUCUGUACUGUUGUGUUUGUUUAUUUGAUUUUAUUUUGUCAUGAGAGAGUGGAAGCAUUGUAGUGCAUUUUGUAGGAUGCUAACCUGCAAUUUUUACUUUACCUUCAUAACACUACAAUGCGCUUGAUUUAUUCAAACUGUGAGUUAGCUUUAGAUUAGCCACGUUACCAUUGUAGUCUAAUAGUAUUUAUAGGACAUUUUUCUGGUGAAUUGUAACUGUAAUCUACUAGUGCUUACAACUCUGGCCAUUAUUCAGGAAAUAUGGAAACUACAAUUUCUACUGGAAGACCUACAGUGGCAUGUAGGGUGUAGGGGUGGUAAAGGGUCUGAUGCCACUGCCUCAUGGGUGAUAAAUUUGGUCCUCUUGGUUCUGAUGACCUGUCCUUUCUAGGUUUUAUACUCAGUCUUCUACAGCUGGGCACAUGGUCCUAUGUGGAAGUACUUCAUCUUUUGAUCAUGUAUCAGGCGGUUUUAUUUGUUUGUUUGUUUGUUUUGCUUUGGGGGACAAAAAUGCUAUUUGGGAAUGCACUGUAGUAUGUGACAAUGUUAAGGAUAAGGUUUUAUUUUCAGCUCUCUAAUACAAAGUCGCAGUGGCUCAGGGGGUUUGAGCUCCCAGGUGUGGAGGCUUCUGGGAGUUCCAACAGGUGGGGGUUGAUGACGUGGUACUGGAAGGUUGUGGAUUCUUGCGCACACCGUCACCCUUCCCAAGGUUCCACUGCCCCCCUCUGCCCUGCGGUGGUGGGGGUUACGGUGGUGGUGUUGCAGCAGACUCUGAGAUGUCCACUCGUUUCAACUGUAAUCUGGUAAAUAUAUCUGACUUGUCACAAGCUGUUAAUAUGAUUAAUAUAUUUAAAUGUAGUUGAUCAUUUUUUAAUGUUUUGUAUAUUGUACAAUUACAUAAAAGCCAUAAAAAACAGUGAUUAAACGUUUUAGAAUAUUCAUUAAAUAAUCACACCUAAGGCCCCGUCUCUUCGUAUAUAACAUUGCAUGUACGGUUCAAAAUACUAAAAUGACUGAAGUGGACCGUAGUGUCCAGUUUUUUUUAGAAUUUUAACUAGCUAAAUGUCUGGUCUCACUGUGAAGGUUGGAACAUCAUUUUCUUCUUUUGAUUCGGUGGACAGACGUGAGAUCUAGAGAUGUAGACUGUAUUGAUAUUGUGCUGUGUUGAGCUAAGACGGAGUACGGCAGUAAUGGUUAUAAUACCUGUUGCCUUGUUUGGCCUCCUUUCACUGUUUAUAAACUAUUAUCACUGUUGUUGAUUAAAUAUUAAAGCCAAGAAAUCAGGACUUUUUUUCUUACAUGAAAUUAUGGUGUUUGAUAAGGUGCUGUUUUUUCCAUGUCAGUUGUCAUUUUCUAAUCAUACCUGUAAGAAUGAGCUGGAUAUGAUAAAGAUUUAACCUGGACUUGGAUUAAAUCACACUGACAGUGGGGAUUCUCCAUUCAAAUGUGACCUUCGUUUAAGAUUGUGCUGGAUUUACUGAGAAAAACCGUCCCCGGAAAUGUUAUGUUCCAUUGCUUUGUUGUCCUUUAUAUUGAACUGUAGUCUCUUAUUUUCAGUUCAGGACUGUUAAAGCCAUGUUGCUAUGGAUACACACAUCAUUUAAGCUAAUAUGAGCUUUUUAUGGCUUUUAUUUGCAGUGUAUUGUUCUAGAGUAAAAACUAAAAAGUGAAAAGCAGUUUAUAUAAAACCAAGUGCUGAAAUGUGCUUCUGUGAUGUUACUUUUCAUAUGAAACAUGAAACCCUUCAUAUGAAACCUGCAAUCUUAAAGGGUUGUUUUGUUUAUUCUUUUUAAAACUCUACUUUGGACACACAUUUAACUCUGCAUGGUAAUUGUGCAUGUAUGUCCAAAUAUAAUAAAUGUUAUAUGAUCA